UUGGCUUCCUCUCUGCAGAAGGAGAUAAUGGAAGCCCUCUUUCAGGCAGGGUCCAUUCUUAUGAAGGUGAAUACCUUACAGGGCAAGAAGAUGGUAGAGAGUGGGCUCCAGUCUGGGGACCUUUCCCUGUCUCAAUCAUGGCCCUCCUAUCUCCCUCUGCCGGCCGACUUGGAGAUCCUGCAGCAGAAAGUGACCGCGGUGCAAGCGGAGCUGGAGGACUUCAAGAAGGAGGCGCUGAAGGCCAUCCGAUACUUGGAGGACGCCUUCUGCCAGAUGAGCGGGGUUCUGGCACAGCAGGAGGAACAGGCAGCGCGAGUGAAGCAGCGGCUGAGGGAGGAGGAGGACCGCGGCAUAGUUCGCAACAAGGUCCUCACCUUCCUCCUGCCCCGGGAGAAGCAGCUUCGUGAACACUGCCAGCGGCUGGAGAAGAUGCUGGUCAGGAGCCACGACCCGCAGAGAGUCAUCAAAAAGAGCCAGGCCGACUGAACGGCCCUCGUGUGCAUCUGAGCUGGCGAGCAAGAUUGUUUUUUAAUGGAAGGACAAACGUUAAGUCCCCAUUUAUUCCCCUUUCCCCAUUUUUAUUGCUUUCCUGCUACCAAAAUAACACCAUGCAGAGAGGCAAAAAAGACCUCAAUACGGUUUUCGGGUGAAGUUCCGUUUAUCCAGCCUCGGCAGGGAAGGAGUCCCUAGACACUAAGUCAGACCUGUAACGGUCACCUCGAACUGUUCCCGGUUUGUAAUGGUUCGGUUGCUUGGAUGCAGUAGCAUUUUUUUCUUGUACAUUCUUAAACCGGUUGUGUUG